AUGGUCCUUUGCGGGCUCGGCAGUCCUUUGAGUUUGGUUCCCUGGGCUGCAGCCCUGCUCUUCGUUCUGAGCGUGGCAAGGGCUUUGGCGCUACCCGAGAUAUGCACCCAGUGUCCAGGGAGAGUGCAAAAUUUGUCAGAAGUGGCUCUUUAUUGCAAGCGGACACCAGAGUUAACGCUGCAAGCCCGCUGCUGCCUGAAUGGGGAAGGCACCAUCCUGGGGCUGGAUCUCCAGAACUGCUCUCUGAAGGACCCUGGUCCAAACUUUCCUCAAGCACAUACUGCUACCAUCAUAGACCUGCAGGCAAACCCCCUCCAGGGUGACUUGGUCAACACCUUCCAUGGCUUUACUCAGCUCCAGACUCUGAUACUGCCACAAGAUGUCAACUGUCCUGGAGGCAUUAAUGCCUGGGAUACUGUCACUUUUUAUGUAAACAACCAAAGCUGCGAAGGACAAAGGAAUAUUUGCAACAGCACUGAGGAUCCAGAAAUAUGUCCUGAGAAUGGAUCUUGUGUACCUGAUGGUCCAGGUCUCUUGCAGUGUGUUUGUGCUGAUGGCUUCCAUGGCUACAAGUGUAUGCGCCAGGGCUCCUUCCCAUUGUUCAUGUUCUUUGGUAUUCUGGGAUCCACCACCUUAUCCAUCUCCAUCCUUCUUUGGGGGACUCAACGCCGAAAAGCCAAGGCUUCAUGA